AACAAAAAAACAUUUAAUCAUCAAUCUCACAUGGUCUAUUUUUUAUAUAAAUGUAUUGAAUAAGAUACAACAAUAGUUUUACAGUAGUUCAUUUUUAUACAUUUGUUGUAUAGUUGAUACAGAACCUCCAAUCUCUGCACUGUGAUUUGAGGAGUGUGAUCUUGUCUCUGCAAUGGGAUUUGGGGAGUGUGAUCUUGUCUCUGCUGUGUGAUUUGAGGAGUGUGAUCUUGUCUCUGCUGUGUGAUUUGAGGAGUGUGAUGUUGUAUGAAGUGUUGUAUGUUGUAUGUAGAUAUUGCUUUGCAGUGUGAUCUAGACAGUUUGAUCUUGUCUCUGCACUGUGAUUUGGUUUUGUGAUUUUUUGUGAUUCUGCUUUUUUUCCCAGUGCUUCUGUUCCCCAGGACAGCCUCAUUGCAGUACGGCCAACCGGAUGGCCAGUUACUGAUAGACCAGGGCAUCUUACAGAUAGGAAGUGAAAUGGAUUCUGCUAGUGAAAGCACCAGGAAAAGCACUGUGUUACUUCCUAUAGAAACACCCAAAAUGCACCUGGACAUUGGUCCGUUGCUGGAUAUCUGUCUUGCAUCAGACCGCCCAUCGACAGGAGAGGCUUCUUUCAAUAAAAUCAAUGAGAUGAAGGACAGUGUCUCCUCACUGAAGUUCAUCACCAGCAUACUCCUUCAAGCUGAGCUGCACAUUCGAGCAUAUUCAGAAACGAUCAUCAACAUCUUGCCACAGAAAUGGCAACCAGGCUCUGUGUUCCAUCAGACAGCAAGGAUGGUCAUGUCCAUGACACGGGCUUUGAAUGUGCUCAUGAUUUUGGUCUUCUGAUGAAUUUUAUCCACAUGUAAAGUAUUUGCCUCAGAAGAGCUUGUAUUUGUCAUAAUCCAUGUGUUUGUCCAUUUUUGAUUAGAGACACUAAAGAAAAAAUUAGAAGAAUCAGAAGAAUGCUUUCUUCCUCCCAUCGUAAUAACUGGAACCUGAAGGCAUGUGUCAGAGAGCUGCAAAGGAGAUGCAUGAAUAUGUGUGAAGAGAGAGAUGCACUUGACUUGAUGCUGGAGGAGAGAGAGAACAGAAUAAAAAGUCCCAAUCUGGAGCAGGAGGAAUUUAAGAAGACAUUUCGAGAGAAAGCGAUGGCUCUACAGCAGAUAGAUGAGUGUCACAUGGUGCACACCUCCAUGUGCUGUGAACCGGUUUAUAAAAAGCACACAAGUUACUGCUGGCUCCAGCACAGUGUAAGACUGAAGCUGGUGUGCUGGAGAGCAAAGCUGGAAAGAGUGAUGAAGGAGAGGAGCGAGCACGAGCAGCGUGUGAAGAAGGAGAUCCAGGCUCUGCUCCUUAAGCUGUUCAAGACUGAGCGGCUGCACCAGACCCAGAUAUGUGACUAUGAGGUCAAGUACAGGGACUCACUAAAACUGGUGCCUGAGCUGCAGCGUCAAAUCGAGGAGCGUGAGGUUGCAGUUCUUCAGAACAAACAGGAGAAACUUGCAAAAGCAGCAAGCAAUGUCCUUGAGCCGAAGAGACGGAUGGCCAUGUCUCGGGAGAAAUAUCUGGAGCACCACAUGAAGAAGGCCUCCUAGAUUAUUAGAUGAUUGUUUGUGCUGUUUAGAGACCCUUAAGGAGGCAUUCACAUCCACCUGGCCUCCUGUGGUUAAGACCACACCCACACCAUGGCAGGCAUAUGAACCCCACACCUGUACAACACAAUCAAAGCCCUUUACUGCUGAGACGGUUUACAUUUCUGUUUAACAGACCAGAAAACUCUAUAGCAUAGUUAA